GUCAGGACCUACACAUACCUCGGACUGCAGCUGGAUUAUUGACUGAACUGGUAAGCAAACACAAGACACCCUCCACAGAAAGGGGCAGAGCCAGCUCUAUUUCCUGAGGAGGCUGGGGUCCUUUAACACCUGCAGGAAAUUGCAGCUGAUGUUUUGCAGUCAGUUGUUGCGAGGGCUCUUUUUUAUGCUGCUGUGUGCUAGGGAGGCAGCAUGAAGCAGAGAGAUGCUACCAGGCUGGACAGACUGGUGAGGAGAGCUGGCUCUGUGGUGGGCUCGGAGCUGGAAUCCCUCGUAUCAGUGGCAGAUAUAAGGAGCCUAAACAAACUGCUGGACAUUGUGGACAAUACUCACCAUCCCCUGCACAGCACUGACUAGGCAGAGGAGCACAUUCAGUGGCAGUGGCUGGUUACGUUUGUUACCUUAUUCUGCUUCUCUCACCUCCAUUUUUCUAUCAUCUUAUACUUAAAAUAUCUGUAUUGUCAAUAUCUCCAUUUGCACACACAGUAUUUCUGGUGGCUAGACCUUCAUCUCACUGCAGAUUAAGUGUGCUCAUUCUUGUACAUUUUAUUAUUGUUAUGCUCUUGUGUUUGGCUGUUUUGUGUGCUACUGGAUGCUUUAAUUUCCCUCGGGAUCAAUAAAGUAUCUAUGUAUCGAUCUGAAGAAGGGACUCGUGCUCACACAAUCCAAGAUUAAAUAUAAAACAGAUCUGAAAUCGAGAAAUGUAACACAAAUGCAGAAGCGAAAGAGCUGAGUGUCGAUGGAUCCGACCUCAAACAUGCAGCAUCUCACUUCCAGGUUGCAGGUUGGGUUCAGCUGCGUGUGGCCCCUUCCGCUCAAGGUCGACUGCAGCACAGAGGAGAGAGCGUACAGUAUAAUGUGUCAGGAUUUUGUUACCAGGAAGUGGGUCGAGUUAUUUAUAUUUCAACAGUCGCCCUCUCGUACCCAAGGGAGAAGUGUUAGUAACCUGAGACUAUAUAUUCAAGCAUCGUCUGGAUCAGGUCGUAUCGAAGGGAGAGGAAACAAUCAAGUCCACGUUUAGGAACGAUGAGGACGAGAAGAGAAAAUCUGCAAAUGAAAGGAAUGUAAAGAAUGUGAGGAAGAAUAACCAUGUGAAGGAUUCAACAUACAAGAGGUGUUGAGAUGAAGCUCCAUGAGAAGAUUUUGACCCAUUAUCUAUCGUGCACGUCUCCAGUGGAUAAAGAAGGAUAUCUCUACAAAAAGAAAGAGCGAAAUGCCAGCUACCAGCGGCGGUGGUUCGUCCUGAAAGCAAACCUGCUCUUCUACCAGGAGCGUCCGGCUGACCGGCACCUGCUGGGGGUGGUCGUGCUGGAGGGGUGCGCGGUGAGACGCUCCGAGUGUGAUGGACAGUUUGCCUUUUCCCUGGUGUUUGAAGGGCCCGGACUGAAAACGUACAGAUUUGCAGCAGUGGAUCGUCAGAGUCAUGAGAGCUGGGUGAAAGCUCUGCUGUCGGCCAGUCACUGUUACCUGUCCCUGCUGGUGAGAGACCUGAGCAGACAGUAUGAAGAGGCUAAACAGCAGCAAAGCUCUGGAGAACCCCAUCUCCGCUCCUCUGCCCUCAAACCGUCCACGACCAGCUUCCUCUUCCCUGUGCGGGGGCCGACAGCAGCAGUGAGAGAGGGCAGAAGCCUCAGUGCCAGCUGUGUUUUACAAACACCUUCAGUACCACACCCAAAAGUGGCAGCUAAAAAGUCCCCGAAACCUUGGUCCAGGAGAAAUGCUUUCGUCACGCCGCUCAAUGGGCCGGCGCCUUGCCAUGGGGAAUGGCCUUUGGUGGGUUUCGAUCCACUUGAGGACUUCAGCAAACUUCACGACUAUUACGGCCAAGAGGUGAGGAAAGCAAGAGAGGAAUGGCUGAGGAGUCGACAGGCGGGAGAGGAUGGAGAUCUCAUCGACCUGGAGUGAAAAAGUAAAAGUGACAGUGAAGAAACUCUGAGAGGAACUGAGAUGUUUAUCAAAGACGAACUGAAACCUCCAACUUCGAGUCGGAGUCUCCACAGAAACCUGCUCAGUAUCACAUUUCCCUUCUAUGUCAGAUUCCUUUGACAGAAAACUAAUGUUUCUGAUUUGUCUGAGCAAAGCUGAAGGCUCAGUGUCCAUGAGAUUAACUAAGGAACAAACAGAAACAUCUACAGUGUGAAGAUAAGUUCUCCUCACAGCAGUUUGACUUAUCACAGUUGGAAAAAUGUAUUCAAAACAUUAUUAUUAUUAUCUGUUCUCAUCGUGUGUCAGCUUUUAACCACGACCAGGAUCUGAUAGUGAAACAUUUACAACAACAGUUGAAUACUCACAAGUGAUGCACUUCAUUUCAUCCAUGUUUUAUGGGACCGUUUUAAUAAAGUGUGUUGUAUAAUUUCAUUGCAUGAAACAAUACAAUUUUUAUUUAAAUGUCUCAACUAACUGAUGUGAGAUGCUGAAAAUACAAACACAAACUGAAUGUGGUCUGAGUGAUCAGAUCUGGAAUGGGUCCUCAAUGCAUCUUGGGUGCGUUCACACCUGUAAAUUAGAGAAACUGAGCCAGAGUCUGAACAGGGUCUGAGAUACUGAUACACAACUUGUAUCUCUAACACAAAAAACGUAUUUGUCUACUUCUGCUGUUUGAGUAUUUAUCUUGAUUAAAGGCAGAAUGAAGCCAAAUACAAAUACAUAAAUGUACUCUGGAAUUUUUUUUUAUCUCAUAUUUAAACAACUGAAAAUACAGUAAAAGCUGGGAUGUUACUUUGCUCCUCACUGAGCUUUGCUAGUGUGACAUGAUAGAGUCAGUGGAGGAAGGCGACCAGAAGAGGGCACUGCAGAUACACUGUGCUGUUACUGUAGUGAGAGUUUAAUCCCUUGUGAUUAAUUUAGAAAUUAUAGACAUUCGUUUUUAGGUAUUCGUAUUUGUAGGUAUUUAUAGGCAGUAAUAUUCAAGAGACAGAAAGAGUUGUUUUGGAAAAUUGCGUGCCUUUAAUUAAGUUAUCCACUAAUUUCCUGGGCUCAUUACAGCAUGUGUCAUUUCUCUUAAAUCCACUGUGUUAAUAGGACAAAGCAACAUUCUUAGUAACAUGUACAUAGUAGGGUGUUGUUUUAAUGCAUAGUUGUUUUUCAGUAAGCUGUUUAUUCAGCUGCCGUUCCUCUUUCAAGUUCAAUCCCACCACAUUGAAAAAACUGUCAGAGCUGAUAAGUGACUUGAAGAUUUACUGUACGCCAUUGUUGGGAUACUUUCCUGGAUGGACUCCAAUCACAAAACAUAUAACGUUACAACAAGAACUCUGAGGUCCUCCGGCAUAGAUCAAGCUGAGAGCUUCUCCACAUUCUCCACAAUGAUAGAUGGCUGCAAAGGAGCAUGGCAGGAGGUUUCACAUUACAGCCAGGGCCCCUGCAAUGUACACACAUCUGUAUGGGAACACUUCCCCUGCAUAGCAGCCUGUUAAGACAUCGUAAAGAGAGACCAUUCUUAUAAGUGUUUAACAAGAUUGGUAGGUCUGGAAUGUAGACAAGCUCUCAGCUUCACCUAUGAGGACCUCAUACUUGGGAUGUGGGACGGCACUAAAUUUUAAGUCCAUUAGGAAACCUUGAAGUAAGAAGUGACUCCUGACCGUGUUAAGAAGAAGUAGGAGAUUCAUGUGAAACUGUCCCCCAAGUCGAACUGUUUCUUCUAUUUUUCAUACUUUCACAUGUUCUCCUGUCUACCUCAUUUUGAUUAUCUGCUUCUGUGACAAGUAAAUUAAGUUUAUCUUAUCUUAUCAUCUUAAUAAAUGUAAUAUUAAGUAGUAA